AUGUAUCUUUAAUUGGACUCUUCGAAAAUUUAAAAGUAAUUUAUACUUUGACUUUUUGAAUAGUCUGGUGGCUCGAAUGUAGUCUUACGUAAAUUACUUUGAGGAACUCUGCUAUUGAGAAUUGCCCUCACAGAUAGAAAACGUUAUCGACAUUACAAAUAUUGGAAGGAGGACAGGGUUUUUCACAGUAGAGAUUUUCUUGGAUUGACAAAGACAAAGGAUAUUUAACGUAUAUUCUGAUCAAGAGGAAAAAAAAUCGUUGCCGAUAAAGAAUAAUUCCGGAAGUUACCACACCUCUUCCUCGAUAAUUUUUAAAAGACCAAUAACUAUGGAAUUGGACGCUUUGGAGGAAAAUAUAUUAGAAUAUAACGCCACAAACCACGUCACAGCAGGCCAUCACAAUGGCUCGGCAGACGAUCAGGAAUACCACCAUCUAAUUUCCGCAGCAGAGAUUCUCAGCAAGGCUUUCCCGCCAACUUUACUGAUCUUGGGCACCAUUGGGAAUAUAUGCUCUCUGCUGGUAAUGACCCGUCCGGCAAUGCGGUCCACUGCCAUGGGCAUUUAUCUGUCCGCAUUGGCCUUGUCGGACCUCUUGGUCAUUUGGGUGGGACUGAUAAGACAUAUUCUUAAAGCAUAUAAUAAUGUGGAUAUUCGGAACAGCAGUCCGUUUAUGUGCACGACACAGCGUUUUCUGUUAUAUUUUGGAAUGGAUGUGUCGGCGUGGAUCCUUGUCGCGGUUUGUGUUGAGAGAUUCAUAGGGGUGUGUUUGCCCACGAAAUGCAGGCGGUGCGCCACCGUCAACAGGUCAGUGUUGACCGUCUGCGCCAUUGCUGUCACGAUGGCCGCCAAAACAAUGCACGUGUUCUGGACACGUGGCCCUCAGUACGCAACUGUCGGCAACGAGACGAUCCUAGUCAAAAACUGCGGAUUCCCGAGCGCAGACGACGAAUACUUUUGGCGCCAAAUUUUACCGUGGAUGAUAUUCAUUAUAUAUGCAGGAGGACCGUUUCUUAUCAUGAUAAUUUUAAAUAUUUGCAUCAUAAGGGGACUUGUUAAGAUGAACAAGCGCCGCAAUGCAAUGUCAGGCGAAAGUCAACGAACACCAAUCGGGAAAGAGCGAGAGAAAGCGCGAGAUGACUACACCAAGUCCAUGACUAUGAUGUUAGUUUGUGUAUGUUUCUGCUACCUCCUACUUGCUACGCCUGGGUUCAUAAACAGCGUGGUGGAACUGCGCUGGAAACCAAACAUUGCAACUACCAGCCAUUUGGAGCUUAACAUUUUCAAUCUGGUUAAGGUCAUCCUAUUGAUGAUGAACUACACGAAUCACUCCAUUAAUUUCUUCCUGUAUUGUCUCACGGGACGAGGGUUCCGACAGGAGUUCGUCAGCAUGGUGUGGGGCAGGGCAAAAAAUAGUCAAAUUAUAAAAAGGCUUUCUACAAGGAGAGGCCGUACCAUAAAAGUGCCUUUGGAUGAUGAACUUUGAAUAUAUAAAGGAGAUACCCCAUUGUAAUGUAUGAACAGUACAUUCAUUUACGAGCUUUUGUAUUUUACAGGAAUUUGACGAAAUCAGAAUGAUAUCCUACUUCUUAAGAAAUAUCUAAUGAAACAAGAUAUUGUGAUGUGAUCAAUUUAAUAUUUGGCCUAUCAAAACAGUGAUAAUUCCGUGACUAGUAAAGGUUCCAUGGCAAAAACAGACACGGGCCUGUCUUUCCAGUUUAAUAACUGUUAUUAGCUUGUAUAUUGUUUAUAUUUAUUCGGACCAUUUGGACCAUCACCCUAGUAAAUUGGAAAGUUGUGUUUCGAUCCUUGUCAUUGGUGCGAAACAUUUUAUUCCAUACGAUAAUUUAAUUCAUGUUUACCAGCAUGGGAUCAAUUAAACUACGUAAAUCAAACACUGACUUAUCCGUUGUUGUUUCGUAAGUUUUAAAUAGG